AUGGCGCCGCCGCCGGACCCCCCCCGCGCGUCGCGCGGCCGCGACCCCCCCCCGUACAAGAGCAAAACCUGCCUGGGCGCGAUGUUCUACGGCAAAAGCCUCGAAGACUCCGGCGUCCCCCCCGUGUGCGUCGGCGUGCAGUACGGAAACACGACCGAGGCGCCGGCGAACGCGAUCGGCGACGGCGACGGACCGGAGUCGCACACCACCACGGACGAGCUCGGGGCGUUCAAGUUCACGUGCGUCGGGUACGGCCAGCGCGCGUACCCGUACUUCCCGGACGACAACGACAGCGCGGACGGCGGCGGCGACGACGGCGGCGGGCGCAAGCGACGGAAUCGGUUGCCCCACUGCGUCGGGUUGCAAAUAUUGGUCGCGGACAGCAAGUCGCACGAAGACAGGCGGGCGGCUGAUCCGGCGGCGUGGGAGAAGGCGGGCUGGGAAGAUUUUGCCGAACGAAGAAAUCGCGGUCACGCGGACGACCCAGAAGUGCGAGCGUUUUUCGAGAGAUUGAGAGUCGAAAAAAUGAAGGAGUUGAUGGAGGAGCAGCGACGGAGAGAGCGGAGCGACGCGUUUCCGUUCGUGAGCGCGGACUUUGAGAAGAAAUUCACGAAGACCGCUGGGAAGAUGUUGUCGAACAUGAAGAAACACGCGGAGUACAUCGCGAAGCUCGCGGGCAUCAGCGGGCAACGAUGA